AGACAACGCCGCCACACCAAAACGAAAGCCGCAGGCGCAAGGUGCGUUCGAAAAGUACGUAGCGAUGGCGGAACGGCGCUGUGUUGUGACGUCGGUGCAGGGACCCCACCCACUCCGUUCGGAUAAUGCCAAUAUCUUUUGUGAGUGUGAGUGGCGGUGCGGGCGGGCGUGACUCAGGAGGGGGUGACUGAGAGUUGCUUUCACGUGCCCUUACUGAGAACGAUUACAUAUGUCUUUCGGCACAAACCGAACGCAUCACGUUCGCUGGUUCUGCUUCUGUGUCGUGUAUCGAUCUCUGCUGCUCUGCUUGCUCUUUCUUCAACGUGUUUCGGUGGUUUGUGUUCUUUUUCUAAGAUAGGAGGCUGUAGAGUAGAUGCACGCAUAUGUAAAAUUUACGGACGGUUGGCAGCUGAUAUUGCCAACGUCUUUGAUCAGAAGCUUCUCGCCCCGAAAUGACGAAGACUUCGACGCCACCCGGAUAUACGAGGCCUACUGGGUGUCGGACUGCGGCGAUGAAGAGGAUUAUUACGAUGCUCACGUGCUCCUUCUGGGCGAGUCUGUGGAUGACCUCCUGAAGAAAAUGCAGACAAAACGGUACCCCAUUCCAAGGAUUGUCGGUGGAACAGCAAAGCUCGUAGGACCAGUAGGAAAGAAAGUCCAAGACCUCGGUCACAAGGAGAAGAGAAAACAAAAGGAAAUCGGAAAGAAAACAAGGCUGCAUGACAUUGCCGCUGAUUUCAGGAAAAAGCAGAAGAUCAAGCAGACGGAGACACCCAGCCGCUACCAGAGUGACAUGGUACCCAUCACUGUCCUCAGGGAAAAAGAGGAAGUUAUAAAAGAACUAAAAAAAUAACUGGCCAAAGAA